AGGGGCAAGGCAGAGCAUCAGCACCCGCGGCCCCGGACCCUGGGCCGGCCGGAAGUCCCUGGGAGGGGACCAAGCGGAGCAGAGGGUGGACAGGGCUGCCAAAGCAAUCACGGAUGGGACCCUGCGACGGCCACAGAAGCUUCCCGGGCGACAGAAGACAGCCAGAGGCCCGGCGGGGGGCGCCUGCGUCCCCGGGCCCCUGAGCACUGAGCAGAAACAAGCCCCAGCCCUCCAGCCGCCCCGCCCCCACCCCGUGGACCAGAAAGUGACUCAAGCGUGAGCACUGGAGUUUCUCGGCGGGAAGCGGGGAGGCGGGAUGCGGUGGACGCGCCUCCAGGACGGGCUACAUCCCGGCGCUGAAGACUGCGGCAUGGCUCUCUCCCGUCCUGCUCCCUGGAAGAAGAUGUCUAAAGAGGAGCUGGAGACCCAGUACACCCCCAGCAAGUGGGUGGUCCGGCGGGGAGCGGCCGAGACCCUGGAGACCUAUACACAGCUGGGAGUCGAGGCCACCACGCAGGCCCGGGCCACCCGGAGGAACGAGGUGGACGUGCCCUACGGGGCGGGGGAGCGCGAGAAGCUGGACAUCUACUUCCCGACGGACGGGCCUGAGGCCUGGCCUGUCUUCGUGUUCUUCCAUGGCGGGUACUGGCAGAGCGGAAGUAAGGACGAGUCGGCCUUCAUGGUCCAGCUGCUGACCACCAAGGGAGUGGCCGUGGUCAUCGUGGGCUAUCAGAUCGCCCCUGCGGGCACCCUGGACCUGAUGGUGGAGCAGACCACCCGGAGCCUCGUGUUUCUCCAGCAGCGGUUUCCAGGCAACAAGGGGCUGUAUCUGUGUGGACACUCGGCGGGGGCCCACCUGGUGGCCAUGAUGCUCCUGGUGGACUGGACCAAGCAGCGCGUCUCCCCCAACUUCCGAGGCUUCUUCCUGGUGAGCGGAAUCUACGACCUGGAGCCCAUCACGCACACGUCCCACAACGACCUUCUCUCCCUGACCCUGGAGGACGCCCGGAGGAACAGCCCGCAGCUGAGGCUGGAGGACGCCCAGGACGGCCCGCAGUGCCCGGGGGAUGCGCAGACAGACGCCCUGCAGCAGCGCCUGGUGCCCACGGGGCCCCCACCCUACCCCGCCCUCCGGCUCCUGGUCAUCGUGGGCGAGAACGACUCCCCCGAGUUCCACCGGCAGUCCCGGGAGUUUAAUCAGGUGCUGCGCCGAGUGGGGUGGGAGUCCAGCUUCCAGGAGCUGCCGGAGCUGGACCACUUCGAGAUCAUCUGGGAGCUGAGGCACGACUGCAGGUUGAACCAGAUCAUUCUGGAAACGAUCUUCCAGGGGCCCUGAUGGCACCCACCCCAGUCGGCUGCACCCCGCUUGCGUGGCGUCCCCUUCUUCCUCACUGUCUCCUCUCUGCUUUGAGCACAAGGCAGGGCCCCUGCCCGGAUGGAGGGCCCGGGGGGGGGGGGGCCUAGGAAGCCCACCCUCUCCCUGACAGCUGUGCCCGCUUGGGCACACACACUUAGUCCAGCUCUCGGCCUACUUGGUAAGACCCUCCCCCCACCCCGCCCCCCGCCCAGCACCACAGAUGAA